AUGGGUAAUUGCGCUCCAUGCGGAUCAUCAUCAGUAAAAUUACCUACGUGCAAGAAAAAGAGCGUCCGGGUGGUGCAUUGGAAUGGCUACGUUGAAGACUUUGAGGAGCCCAUCACGGUGGGUGAGGUCACGGGCAAGCCGCCCGAGCAUUUCUUGUGCACCCCGGCUCAGCUCAUCUCGGCCGGGUCGAAGCCCAUGAAGCCGCACGUCGCGCUCGAGCCAGGCCGCAUCUACUUCUUGCUUCCCUACUCCGCUCUUCAGGCCGACCUGUCUCCCAUGGACUUGUCUGCAUUGGCGAGGAAACUCAUGGUGAAAGCAAAAGCUAGCCCAGGGAGACUGAAUGGCGCUAGUCCUGGGCAGAGUUCUCCAGCUCAGAGCAUCGAUCCUAGUCCAAUGUGGAACUCGCCCGGUCGGAAUUUGACUUCGGGUCCAUCAUGGAGUUCGAGUGCGUCUUCUAGUUCGCCGGGCCGGAGCCCGACGAGGUUAUUCAGUGCAGAUGCCGCAGUGGCAGGGCAGACUCAGAGGUCCGUAGGUGCUAAAUCAUGGAGGCCAGUUUUGGAUACCAUUGGAGAGAGGUCAUUUAAUAGGAGAAGCGAAUCGGAUUUGCAGGAGAAGUACUCCCGACAGUAG